AUGGGCCCCAUACAUUUGCUUCACUCGUAUGUGGUCAAGCCUGGGCCUGGUGGUGAUGGUGAAGAGGCCUUGAGUGGGUUGAGAUGGUCCAAUGAUGAUCAGAUUCUUGAUGAUAAAUGGUUUCAAGAAAGCAAGAAGAAAGAUACCAAGGGAGAUAGUGCUCAUCUUGAAGGGAUUAACUGGAAGGUGAUUGUGGUUAAGUCACACAUGAUUAAUGCCUUUUGCUUGUCUGGUGGGAAUAUUGUUUACUACUAUGGUUUGCUUGCUUAUUUUAAAUCAGAUGCUGAAGUUGCUACUAUCAUGGCGCCUGAGUUUGGUCAUGCGGUGGCAAGACAUACAAUCGAGGGUAUAACAAAGGGCUUAGGAUUUGUAAUCAUUCAACUGGUUCUCUAUCAUUUUUCCAUGCCUGAUUUUGUGAACAAAAUGUCUCCAUAUUUCAUGCCUCUUCCUCAUUCCAGAAAGAUGGAGAUUGAGGCCGAUUACAUCGGUUUGUUGUUGCUUGCAUCUGUGGGAUAUGACCCACAGAUGGCUCCCAAAGUGUUUGAGAAGUUGGUGAAGCUAGAGCCAUCUAAACAUAUGAUACUCAAUGACUAUUUAACGACACAUCCUUCGGGAGAGAAGAGAGCACGGCUUCUGUCUCAAGCCAAUGUGAUGGAAGAAGCACUAAGGAUCUAUAGAGAAGUCCAAUAUUGGUCGUUACAUUGA